AAUGCUUUGUGUUGUUUAUUUUGAGUGAGUGAGUGUUGUGUGAAUAACUUGCGUUAUGGAGUUUAUUGUUGCUAGUGUGGACAACGUAAAGUUUGACAUUGAAAUUGCCUUGGAGGAGCAAUAUGGAGCUCUCCCAUUACCGUUUGCGGGAAUGGACAAAUCUAUUGCUGCUGUCUGCGAAUUUUACCCAAAAGGAAAUUGUGCUAAAGGUCCUGCCUGCCCUUUUCGACAUGUUCGCGGUGACAGAACAAUAGUCUGUAAACAUUGGCUUCGUGGACUGUGCAAAAAAGGAGACCAGUGUGAAUUUUUGCACGAAUAUGACAUGAGUAAAAUGCCGGAAUGUUAUUUUUAUUCAAGAUUUAAUGCCUGUCACAACAAAGAGUGCCCAUUUUUACAUAUUGACCCAGAAAGUAAAAUUAAAGACUGCCCUUGGUAUGACAGAGGAUUUUGUAGACAUGGCCCAAAUUGUCGGCAUAGACACGUAAGAAGAGUCUUGUGUAUGAACUACUUAGCAGGGCUCUGUCUUGACGGACCAGAAUGCAAAUUUAUGCAUCCACGAUUUGAACUUCCAGCAACAGAUGUCCAACAAAAAGAUGGGAAGAAGGUUAUUAUUACUUGCCAUUACUGUGGAGAAACAGGACAUAAAGCAUUGUUUUGCAAUAAAAUGCCACCUGACAUGCGGGAUGUGCAGUCUAAACAAGAGGAAUUGAGGACAAAAAAUCUCAUGUAUGUUGGAAAAGAAGGAAAUGAAGAUGCCAAUUCUCCAAAGCCACCUCAGAAGCCUCUAGAAGAAGUGACAUGUUUCAAGUGUGGGUGUAAAGGACAUUACGCAAACAAGUGUCCAAAGGGGCACUUGGCAUUUUUAAGCCAAAGCCAGAAUCCUCCUCCUCCUGGAGGAUACCGACGGUAGCAGAAAUGGGAAUUUUUUGUGAAUGAAUAAUUUUUCUUGUGUGUGUCACAUUUCAGAACUAUUCAGUUUUAUCACAUUCAUAAUUGACUGUAAUUUGCAUUUGUCAUCAUGUGAUUACUGGCAGUAUUAAUUUAAGGAAACAGAUAUGUAACAUUCGUGUGCCUAAAGGAGUGAUUUCUGUUUGUGAAUGCCAAACUACUGUGAUAUUUGGAAGGUAUUUCAAUUAAUUAAUCCUUUGUACACCGACCUCUUCUCACUUGGUACUUGGCUGUGAAGGGGCAUCAUUCUUAGUUGUUUUUAAAUGACUUUGCAAGGUACAGAAAUAUGAUAGAAACAUGGUUACUGCAUCAUGUAAAAGUGAAAUGUAAGUGCAUUACAUAAAUGUGAGUUUAUUUUAGUAUAUACAAUUCAAAUAGACAAUAUAAUUAUUCGUGAAGAGAAAAGUUUUACAUGCGCUCUCUCUCUCUCUCUCUCUCUCUCUCUCUUUAUCUCUCCAGCAGUACAAUAAUUAUUUUGUCUGUAUUCUUAAAAACAGUACAGGAAUGUUUAAAACUAUGUAACUAAAAGUGAGAAUAUUUUGUUGUUGUUUAAGUGCGAGUAUGUUUGGUUUUAUGAUCACGGAAGUUCUCUGAGAUGUGAAACCCAUGUUGUCUUUACACCACCAUCUACUCUCCUUUCUGACGAAGCAGCAAAUUGUGGCCUUUUUAGUAGGAAGUGUAACUUUUAUCAGAAAAAUAGUGUACAAAUAUUUUGUCAAUUUGUGUGAAUGAAAUAUAUUGUUGUUGUAAAUAUUUA